CGGGGAUCUGCAGCAUCACCGAGCUGGUGCAGUGCAAAACGCCCGCUCAUCCUCACCGAUGGUGUGCAGAACAAGGGGGACAUAAAAAAAAAAAAAACUUGGAAACAUCCACAUUCUUUUCUUAAACAAAUAACAAAAAAAAAACACAACAAAAAAUUCACCAUGAACAAUGAUUCCUUCUUCUCUUCCAGCCGCCCUUGGGACAUCUACAGAUCCACCAUGACCUCCUCCCUCUACUCUACUCCUCGAGCUCCUCCGCCUGGGAAGAGGAUCCCGAGGCUGUUCUCCUCGACUCUGCCCGACGGCGCCGAGCGGAUGGACCUGGCUCAGGCCAGCUCCCUCAACGCCGAGCUGAUGGGCCAGCGCUCCCAGGAGAAGGAGCAGCUGGUGGGCCUGAACGACCGCUUCGCCACCUACAUCGACAAGGUGAGGCACCUGGAGCUGCAGAACCGAGCCCUCCUGGCCGAGCUGGAGGCGCUGAGGAGGCGGCAGAACGACCCGUCCCGUCUGCAGACGCUCUAUGAGGGCCAGUCGCGCAGCUUGAGGGCCAUGAUCGACUCGGAGAACGGGGAGAAGAUGCGGAUGGAGGCGGAGAGGGACUACCUGCGCGAUGUGUAUCAGCAGAUGAAGGAGCGCUUUGAGGAGGAAGCGAGCCGGCGCAUGGACGCCGAGGAGACCCUGCAGAGGUCCAGGGAGGAGGCCGACAGGGCCGCGCUCUCCAACUGCGACGCCGAGGCCGCCGUGGUCUCCCUCUGCGACGAGAUGGCGUUCCUGAAGAAAGUCUUUGCGGAGGAGCAGGAGGAGCUGCAGGCCCAGCUGCAGGUGGCCAACAUCAGCGUGGAGGUGGAGGUGCCCCGGCCCGACCUCUCCGCCGCCCUGCGCGACAUCCGCGCGCAGUACGAGCGGCUGGCCGGCAAGAACAUGCAGGCCGCCGAAGACUGGUACAAGGGCAAGUUCGCCAGCGUGGCGGAGAUGGCGAGCAAAAACAACGAGGCCGUGCACGCCAUCCGGGAGGAGACCAUGGAGUACCGGCGCCUGCUUCAGUCCCGCUCCUCCGAGAUCGAAUCCCUCCGGAAAUUCAUCGACUCCCUAAAUAAGCAGCUGGAGGAUCUGGAGGACACGCAGACCAAAGAGGUGGCAAAGUACCAGGUGAGGAUAAGUGAGCUGGAGCGGGACAUCACUGACGCCAAGCAGGAGAUGGCCCGCUACCUGAGGGAGUACCAGGACCUUCUCAAUGUGAAGAUGGCCCUUGACAUUGAAAUAGCUGCGUACAGGAAACUUCUGGAGGGGGAAGAGAUUCGUCUGGCUUACCCUUCCUUUCCCGCCCUGAACUAAAACCUAAGCCUGGCAUCAACAUGGAUUCUUCACACCCCCCCCCUCUUCCCUCCCUGAACCCCCCCCUCAUUUAUUUUACACCCCCCCCCAAUACUCGUCUCGAUCCUUUCCUCCUCCUUCCUCCCCAAAACCAAACCUGCGAACAAAAGCUCAUCCUUUCUCAAGACAGAUGCGCCCUUGUGCUAAACAAGAGGUCCACCAGAAGUCCCCCUUCUUCUACACACGUUCUGACACCGCACAUCAGGAAGAAGACCAACCGUAAGAUGUAGAGUGGCUGCACUGCAUCAGUUAGACAGCGAAGUCGGACCGCCGUAUUGUUUUGGCGGAGCUCCUCAUCGGUCACACGCCUUAAGGUCCAAGCAGUAGAGGUUUUUUUUUAUUAUUUUCUUCUGAUCCCUCGUUGUGCAAACAUUUGACCAAUUGUUUGUGAAGGAGGACAAAACUCCCUUUUAUCUCUCCAUGCUUGGACUUUAUCUGUGUUUGACCUGAUGCAAGAAACCUGCAGCUUUGCUGAUGAGGAGCUCUCCCAAUCGAUCACGCAUUGUCCCGCAUCCCUGGUUCUCUAGUAGUCAGUGAACCAGUGACCUUAAAAUUUACUUUCACUAUAUUAUAGACGCAUUUUUGUUCUUUUAGUUACUCUUCCUCUGCAAAUACGAGUUGGUUGGUUUAAAAACCAGAGUGAGUUUAGGUCUUUAAAUUUGGCCGGUUAUUUAAAUUUCUAAUUCCUUAUGAAACAGCGUUGAUUAUUGCGGAAGAAUUUGGGCAAGUAAAUGCUUUGGAAGAUUAAAUUGUUACUGGUUUCUCCUUAUAGCCAUGCAGUGUGUCUCACAGCUUAUCUGCAUUCUAUUUGUUUUCUGUGAGUUCAUUCAAAGCUAAACAGUGAAACUGAAAGAGAAAUGCAGGAGCUCCUUGUUGUACGUCUGCUGAUGUUAGAUCGAAAUGGUGCUUUACAUCCAUGAAACUAAUAUAAACGCUCGGUGUACCUGUAACCGCAGGCAACAAGCUGAAUAAACAAAUAACUGAGCUGCAAAUCGU